AAAAGCACGAGACAGCGUCAGGUCAGCACAGCGGUUACGCGAGAAGUGAGAGUGUAGUGCGUGAGACAGUAGCAGUGCAGAGAUGCCGGCAGACGUUAUGGAUGCGCUGCAGUUCGAUCCGAAGACAUUGUCACUGAGUUUAAAACGCGUGCCCGUCCCGAAAGUGAGUCACGAUACCGAUGUCCUCAUCAAAGUAGCGUUUGCCGGUUUUUGUGGGAGCGAUUUGCACAUGCUGAAGGGCCAACAUCCUUGCAUUGACACACCGUUCACUCUAGGACAUGAAUUUAGUGGGACAGUAGUUGAUGUAGGAAAAGCAGUACACCAUGUGAAAGCUGGAGACAGAGUUGCAGUGGACCCCAACAGAGGCUGUGGUGCUUGUCAGUUCUGUUCUGUUGGAGACUAUACUCACUGUGUACUUCCAAAGAAAUAUUCGGGAGUGGGAUGCUUUCGUGAUGGUGGUUGGGCAAAUUACUGUGUGAUACCUGCUGUACAAGUUCAUAAAUUAACUGAUGACAUAAGUCUACAGCAAGGUGCACUGGUGGAACCACUGUCAUGCAUUUGCCAUGGCUGGGAUCGCAUACAACCUAUCAAAGUGGCUUCGCGCAUUUUAGUAAUGGGUGCAGGCAUUAUUGGAACUCUCUGGACAGCAAUGCUACAUGCUAGAGGUUACCAAAAUGUGACUGUGAGUGAGAUGGUAGAGCACAGAAGAAAUGUAGUUGCUAAAUUAGGUACAGGAUGUGAAGUCAUCAGCCCUGCUGAACUAAAACAGCGUAUGCAGAAAGAUCCAUCAUACAAAUUUGAUCUUAUUGUUGACUGCAGUGGUGCCAUACCUGCCUUAGAAACAGCAUUAGAAAUGCUUAAUGAUGGUGGAAAGCUGCUCCUUUUUGGAAUGCCCCCUAUGGAAGCUGAAGUCAAGUGGAAGCCAUUCCUGAUAAUGAUGAAUGAAAUUUCUGUUGUUGGAACUCAUGUCAACCAGUGGAGUUUCCCAGAAGCAAGGGCGAUGAUGAGUGUUCUUGGACCAAAGUACAUUGAUUACCAGAAACUUGGAGUCAAGAUCUUCUCUCUAGCUGAUUAUGAGCAAGCAAUAGCCGAAAUGAAAAGUGGCAAAAUCUCAAAGGCAGUUUUCAAGAUUUCACCAUAAGUACUUUACAGCACUGUUGUUUUUGCUACAGUCUGAUCUUGUAAUUUUUUCAAAAAAAUUCCUGAUUACUGAAUGCUUUAUUUAUUGUCUGUUUUGGCCACUACUGUGACUGAAUCAAGAUUCUGAACGCCACUACUCUCCAAGUUUGGGGAACUUCUCAUGACAUCAAUUUACAAACAGCAGGGAAUCAGCUGCACCAUAGUUUGUUCAUCAUUCCAUAUGAAAAAUGACCAAAAAAAUGAUGUACUCAUGAUGAAUAGUUACUCCAACAGAACUAGAAAUUUUGUACACCUUAGUGAAUUGUUGAUGAAUAAAAAAUUGCUGUUCUUUUAAUAAACAUUUACUUACA